UAAACGAUAGUUUCCAGCACUAGCGUUUUUGUACAUUUGCAGUAUUAAAACGGUCAAUUAAUCAUGGAAUAUGCCAGAAACUUAACUCAUGUGUGCAUGUAUUUGCUUAGAAAUUAAUGUUUAUCAUUCAGUGUGUGCAUCUCACUGGGCGCGUCCAUGUUUUAAAUGACGUCACACUCCCGCAUGUUGACAAAAUCAGUGGAUUUCUGCACGAGUUUUAAAGUUGGAAGUCCGAUUUAAGUGGCGUUCCAUUGAACUUCCUAAAACAAUAGUAGAAAUUCCGAGUUGAACGCACACAACAUAACAACCAUGAACCACAUAUUUGUGAAAAUGGACUUCAUUAAAGAGGAGAGAGAAGACGUGGGUUAUGAAGAAGCAUGCAGAACGAAAAUUGAAGAUACAAAGGAAGAAAGUGAUCUGAUGGGAAUCAAAGAGGAAAUUCAAGAAGCGAAUGAAGUGGAGGAGAAACAUCAACAUAAGAAACCUCAUCAUUUCACAACUGAAGAAAAUGGGCGGAGCCUCUUAAAAACUGAAGAUAAUUUCUCAGAAACAAAAACAGAAACCAACAAAAAAUCUUUCGCCUGCCCUCAGUGUGGAAAGAGUUUCCCCACUAAAGGAAACCUUAAUGUGCACAUUAAAAUUCACACUGGAGAAAAGCCUUUCACCUGCCAUCAAUGUGGGAAGAAUUUUGCCACUAAAGGAAAUCUUAAUGUGCACAUUAGAGAUCACACUGGAGAAAAGCGUUUCAGUUGCCUUCAGUGUGGAAAGAGUUUCCAGUUCAAAGGAAGACUUGAUACGCACAUAAGAAUUCACACUGGAGAGAAGCCGUUCAACUGCUCUCAAUGUGGAAGGAGUUUCCAUUGUAAAACAUACCUUAGUAGACACAUGAAAAUCCACAAUGAGGACCCUUCCACCUGUGCUCAGUGUGGAAAGAGCUUCACGAUGAAGGAAGGCUUGAAACGCCACAUGAGAAUUCACACUGGAGAGGAAUCUUUCACCUGCUCUCGGUGUGGGAAGAGUUUUAUACAAAAGAGAAACCUUAAAUCGCACAUGAAGAUUCACACCGGAGAGCGAUCCUCACCGUGUGUUCGGAAAGGAAAGAGUUGUACAGGCAUCCUUAAGCAUGACACAAAUGUAAAUCCUGAAAAGAAAUCUUUCACAUGCUCUCAGUGUGGGAAUAGUUUUACUGAUAAAGAAACCUUUAAUGCGCACAUGAGAAUUCACACCGGAGAGGAGCCUUUCGGAUGCCUCGACUGUGGAAAGUGUUUCCCAUGUGAAGAAUAUCUUAACAGACACAUUCAAAUUCACACGGGAGAAAAGCCUUUCACUUGCUCUCAGUGUGGAAGUCGUUUCGAAGAGGAAAGAAGCCUUAAGAAUCACAUGAGAACUCACAUUGAAGAGAAGCCUUUCACCUGCGCUCCAUGUGGAAAGAGUUUUACACGUAAAGAAGCCUUUAAUGUGCAUGUGAGGGUUCAUAAUGGAAAAAAGCCUUUCACCUGCUCUCAGUGUGAAAGUUGUUUCACAGAGAAAAGAAGUCUUAAGAAUCACAUGAGAAUUCACACUGGAGAGAAGCCUUUCACCUGCACUCAGUGUGGAAAGAGUUUCAUACAUAAGCAAACAUUUAAUGUGCACAUGAGAAAUCAUAAUGGAGAAACGCCUUUUGGAUGCAUUCAUUGUGGAAAGAGUUACCUAUAUGAAACAUGUCUUAAGAGGCACAUUAAAACUCACUCUGAAGAGAGGCCUUUCACCUGCUCUCAGUGUGGGAAAGGAUUCAUAGAGAAAGGAAGCCUUAAGAUUCACAUGACAAUCCACACUGGAGAGAAACCUUUCGAAUGCACACAUUGUGGGAAGCGUUUUAGACGUAAAGGAGUGUUGAAUGAGCACGUGAGAAUUCACACUGGAGAAAAGCCUUACACGUGCCAACAGUGCGGAAAGAGUUUUGCUCUUAAAGGAGGGUAUAAUCUGCACAUGAGAAUGCACACUGGAGAAAAGCCCUACUCUUGCCAUCUGUGUGGGAAGAGUUUCGUACUUAAAACAUUACUUAAUACGCACAUGACUGUUCACACUGAAGAGAAGCCUUUCGUGUGCGUUCAGUGUGGGAGGGGAUUCAGACAGAAAGUGAACCUUAAUUUGCACAUGAGAAUUCACACUGGAGAGAGGCCUUUCGUAUGCCGUCUUUGUGGGAAGACUUUCACAUGGGCAGGAAGUCUCAAAGAACAUGUGUCGCGCUUCUGUAAGAGCAGGAUAUAACUCUGAUCAGGAUGGUACAAAUUUUACUUGGGAAUUCACUUGAAAUUUCAUGCAAAUGAAAAGACUAUUCUUUUGGGGAAAGUGUUUAAAAGAAAACGAGAAAAAACUGUGUGCUCAUGUCUGCUUGCAGUGUGGAAAGACUGGUGUGGAAAUACCAGUGAGUUGGGACGUCACUAAAUAAUCCAUACAAGACAAAAACCUCAAGUUCUGAUAUUGUGAAAAAUUUUAAUCCAUUAAAGGAUUAGUUCACUUUCAAAUAAAUUUUCCUGAUAAUUUACUCACCCCCAUGUCA